AUGUCCCCACCGGUACAGGGACCACCUCACUGCCAGUACUAUCCCGUUGGCAGAGGUGGAAAUGCCACCUGCAAUGAGGACAGAAACAGCAACAGUGCAGCAAUCGCAUACCCAUACCCAAGGCCCUGUGUGUCCUUUCAGACGAGCGCCGUGCUGUGUGCGGGCGGCUGUGCCCUGCUGGCCCUCAGCUCGCUGCUGGCCAUCGUCGCCAUCCUGCUGCCUGGCGGAGCCUGCGAGAGGCGAGUCUGCACCCUGGCUGGCUACAUGCAGACAGCGGCAGUGUUCAUAAUGGCUUCUGGGCUUUUGGUUUACCCUUUUGGUUUCAACUCUGCUACUGUGAAGAGAUUCUGUGAGAAUUCAGACAUCUACUAUGCAGGAGACUGCCAGAUUGGAUGGGGGUAUAUGCUAGCAAUUGUUGGGGUCAUGUUGUCUGUCUUUUUACCAUUCUUUGCAAAAUAUGCACCAAAAGAGCACAUAUCUCCAACUCCAAUACCUACUAUUUUAUAGUAUUUUAUUACUGUUUAAGAACAGAACAUUCCUGUCUACAGGCAAUGGGCAGAAAUUAUUAUAGCACUUCCAUUUAGCUGUAUUGCUAAAGAGAGAAAAAAAAGGAGAUGGGGAAGAGAAGGUCAGAUUCACGAAGACCAAAAGUGCAUUGAUAGUCUUCCGUAAGUAUGAGCAGUGAACACUCUGGAAUUGAAAUAAGAUUAAUCAGCAGCCUUUAUACUGCUCUAAACAUAUAGUGGCAUAAUGCCUUAGACAAAAAAAAUCUGUUUAUCCUCAAAACAUCUGUCUACCUCCCAGUUUCUUUUGUGUUUCAAAA